UCUCUCUCUCUCUGCCAUGGCGUGACCAUUGAUCAUGCUUUGCAAUCUUCAGUCCAAAAGCUUCACCAAAGCCGAUUCACCACCGCAUGACCGACUCACAGAGUCGAACCACUGAGCUCCCCCGCAGAAACCCCGACCCAAUGAGCCACCUUCGCAGCCCGAAUAUACCCGGCAACCUGAGGGGUCGAUCCUGGCCCGGCCAGACCCUGCCUGGUGGCGAUGAUCAAGAACCACCGUACAACAUCAUCCCAGUUGCUGCCGUCCCAGCUGACCACCCCUCCCUCCGUGUCCUGGAGGUCCGUGCUGCCUGCGCCGCCCUGCGCUCCGUUGGUGACCUCCGCUGGCCGCCAUGGUCCCCGUGGCGCCCUGACUACGACCUCCUCGACUGGCUCCGCCUCUUCUUUGGCUUCCAGGAGGAUAAUGUCCGGAACCAACGGGAGCACCUCGUCCUCCACCUCGCCAACCUCCAGAUGCGGCUCGCAUCAAGGCCAGACAACAUUGAGGUCCUUGACGUCGCCGUCCUCUGCUGCUUCCGGAAAAAGCUUCUCCGGAACUACACCCUCUGGUGCUCCUACUUGGGCAGGAAGUCAAACAUCUGGAUCUCCGACUGCCAUGAUGUUAUCUCGGACCCACGGCGUGAGCUCCUCUAUGUCUCGCUCUAUCUCCUUGUCUGGGGCGAGUCAGCGAACCUGCGGCUUAUGCCAGAGUGCAUUUGCUACAUCUUCCACAACUUGGCGAUGGAAAUGAACAGGAUCUUAGAGAAUUACAUUGACCCGAACACUGGACAGCCCGUUUUGCCUUCGGUCUCAGGAGAGAAGGCCUUUUUAAAAGAAGUUGUGAAGCCAAUAUACGACACGAUUAGGAAAGAGGUCAACAGGAGCAAGAAUGGGACUGCGCCCCCCGGUGCAUGGAGUAACUAUGAUGAUAUCAAUGAGUACUUCUGGUCUGGAAGGUGCUUUGCAAAGUUGAGAUGGCCGAUCGAUAGUGGAAGUAGCUUUUCCACGAGGGAUGGGAACAGAUAUCGAGUUGGCAAGAUGGGGUUCGUAGAGACGAGGACGUUUUUGAACUUGUUCCGGAGCUUCGAUCGAUUGUGGGUGAUGUUGGUUCUGUUUCUGCAAGCUGCAAUCAUUGUGGCUUGGCACGAUGAUAAGGAGUAUCCAUGGCAGGCAUUGAAGAGCAGGGACCUUCAAGUCAAGGUCUUGACUAUUUUCAUGACUUGGAGUGGGAUGAGGUUCUUGCAGUCCUUGCUUGAUGCUGGAACGCAGUACCUCUUGGUGUCAAGAGAAACGAUGUUUUUAGGAGUGAGGAUGGUGAUGAAGAUUGUCGUGGCAAGUCUUUGGAUGAUUGCUUUUUGGGUGUUCUAUGGACGGAUUUGGUCGCAAAGAAAUGCCGAUGAGAGAUGGUCACAAGAGGCAAACAGGAGAUUGGUGCAUUUUCUCGAGCUGGCCUUCGUCUUUGAUCUUCCUGAGCUGUUGGGAUUAACCCUGAUGAUCAUUCCAUGGAUUCAAAAUUUCCUAGAGGAAAGAAACUGGAGGAUCUUCCACCUGUUCACGUGGUGGUUCCAGAGCCGUAUCUUCGUGGGUCGUGGCCUUAGAGAAGGUCUGGUCGAUAGUGUGAAGUACUCUCUAUUUUGGAUACAUGUACUAGCCACCAAAUUUUUAUUCAGCUACUUCCUGCAAAUUAAGCCCAUGAUCCAACCCACGAAACAGCUCUUGAAGCUGGUAGAUGUGAAAUACGAGUGGCACCAGUUCUUUGGCGACAGCAACAGGUUUGCUGUUGGGCUGUUGUGGCUCCCCGUGGUGCUUAUUUACCUUAUGGAUCUGCAGAUUUGGUACUCGAUCUAUUCAUCCUUGGUUGGAGCAGCAGUGGGGUUGUUAGAUCACUUGGGCGAGAUCCGAAAUCUGGAGCAGGUGAGAUUGCGGUUCCAGUUCUUUGCGAGCGCUGUUCAGUUUAAUCUAAUGCCUGAGGGGCAGCUUUUGCAAACGAUAGGAAACAAGUUCAAGGAUUUGCUUCACCGGCUGAAGCUGAGGUAUGGACUGGGCACGCCGUACCAGAAGUUUGAACCUAAUCAGAUCGAAGCGCUGAGGUUUGCUUUGCUUUGGAAUGAGAUCAUAGCCAUAUUUAGGGAAGAGGAUAUAGUAUCUGACCAGGAAGUUGAGCUUUUGGAGCUACGGAGGAGUGCUUGGAGUGAUAGAGUUAUUUCCUGGCCAUGUUUUCUCCUGUUCAAUGAGCUGUUGCUUGCUUUAAGACAGGCCAAGGAGCUAGUUGAUGCUACUGACAAAAGGCUCUGGUAUAAGAUCUGCAAGAACGAGUACAGGCGCUGUGCUGUGAUCGAAGCAUAUGACAGUGUCAAGCACUUGCUGCUUGAAAUAGUCAAAAUUGACUCGAAGGAGCAUUCUGUGAUCACUGAUUUGUUCGAAAAGAUUGAUCGCUCCAUCGAGGAUGGGAAAUUUACGAAGCAGUUCAACUUGUCCAUGUUGCCUGAGAUACACAAACAUAUAUCAAAGUUGGCUAAGCUAUUGAAAGAUUCCAAGAAAGACGUGGGUAAAAUUGUGCUCGCUCUGCAGGCCCUUUAUCGGAUUGUUAUUAGGGAGUUCUCCAUAGAUGGGGAGGAUCAGUUGGCAUCUGGUGGUCGAUUGCCUUUCAUGGAUGCUGUUGAAUUGCCCGAUCCAAGUAAUAGCCAGUUCCAUUGGCAAGUUCGUCGCUUGCACAUUAUUCUGACCUCGAGGGACUCUACGCACAAUGUUCCUUCAAAUGUUGAGGCGAGACGGCGAAUUUGCUUUUUCAGUAAUUCGCUAUUUAUGAACAUGCCCCACGCACCUAAAGUGGAGAAAAUGUUUGGUUUCAGUGUUCUGACUCCUUACCACAAUGAAGAGGUACUGUACAGCAAAGAACAGCUUCUCAAAAAGAACGAAGAUGGAGUUUGCAUAUUGUUUUAUUUGAAGACCGUAUAUCCUGAUGAGUGGAAAUAUUUCAUAGAGAGAAUGCUUAGAGAAGGAAAGGUGGUAAAGGCUGAUGAGGACGAUGAAACAAUGGCCAAGUUGAGAGAUCUUAGGCUUUGGGCGUCAUACAGAGGCCUGACACUUGCUCGAGCAGUCAGAGGAAUGAUGUAUUACCAUCGAGCACUUAAGGUGAUGGCUUUUCUUGAUUCUGCAUCAGAGGUGCAAAUUCAGGAAUUAGCAAAAAGACUGGACUCAGGGGGGCAAGAUGGCAGCACGAACAGUUCUAGGUUGGAGGAGUUGUCUUCUUCUCUGAGUUUUAAUACCAGUAUUAGUUCAACCAAUCUUUCGUUAGAAGACCAUAUAUCUGCGAUGAAAUGCACAUUCGUGGUCGCUUGCCAGAUUUAUGGGUCUCAAAAGGCAGAGAAAGAUAAUCGUGCAGAGGAAAUAUUGUCCCUGAUGAAAAAUAAUGAAGCGCUCCGAGUAGCUUAUGUAGAAGAAGUCCCCGCCGGGAGGGAUGAAAAGGAUGAAAAGGAAUACUACUCUGUUCUGGUCAAGUACGAUGGGCAACGCCAGAAGGAAGUAGAACUAUACAGGGUCCAAUUGCCUGGUCCUUUGAAGCUUGGAGAGGGAAAAUCAGAAAACCAGAACCAUGCGCUCAUUUUCACUCGUGGUGAUGCUGUCCAGACUAUCGAUAUGAACCAAGACAACUAUUUCGAGGAGGCACUCAAGAUUCGGAAUCUGCUGGAAGAAUUCAAGACUUACUAUGGCAUACGGAAGCCUACCGUCUUGGGGGUUAGAGAACACAUCUUCACUGGUUCAGUUUCAUCGCUUGCUUGGUUUAUGUCAGCUCAAGAGAUGAGUUUAGUCACGUUGGGGCAACGCGUCUUGGCUAGUCCUUUGAAAGUUCGAAUGAAUUACAGCCAUUCAGAUGUUUUCGACAGGUUUUGGUUCUUAAGCAGGGGUGGUAUUAGCAGAGCAUCCAGAAUAAUCAACAUUAGUGAAGAUAUUUCUGCCGGAUUUAAUUGCACAUUGAGAGGAGGCAAGGUCACACACCAUGAGUACAUACAAGUGGGAAAGGGAAGGGAUGUUGGAUUGAAUCAGAUAUCAAUGGUUGAAGCCAAGGUUGCUGCUGGAAAUGGUGAACAGGUCCUUAGCAGAGAUGUCUAUCGGUUGGGGCAUCGGCUUGACUUCUUCCGGAUGCUAUCCUUCUUUUACACCACUGUGGGAUACUUCUUUAACACAACGAUGGUCAUCCUGACAGCCUAUGCAUUUUUAUGGGGCCGGCUCUAUCUUUGUCCCGCUGCAAGCAGCAGCAACGACAAUAAAGCACUCGGUACAAUUCUAAAUCUAUUUGUCAUCCAACUCUGUCUAUUCACGGCAAUCCCUAUGAUAGUGGAGAGCACCCUUCAGCAUGGAUUUCUUCAAGCUAUGUGGGAUUUCAUGACCAAGCAGCUCCAGUUAUCAUCUGUUUUCUACACGUUUUCUAUGGGAACUCGUGCCCACUACUUCGGCCGGACCAUUCUUCACGGUAGUGCGAAAUAUCGUCCCACAGGACAUGGGUUUGUCGUGGACCACAAAAGUUUCGCAGAGAACUACAGGCUCUAUGCACGUAGUCAUUUUGUGAAGGCGAUUGAACUAGGCGUAUUACUCACAUUCUAUGCGUCACGCAGCCAUGCUGACAAAAAUACCUUCACUUACAAAGCCUUGACCAUAUCAAGUUGGUUCCUUGUUGCUUCAUGGAUAAUGGCUCCUUUUCUGUUCAAUCCUCUGGGUUUCGAUUGGUUGAAGACAGUGCAUGACUUCGACGAUUUCAUGAACUGGAUAUGGUUCCGUGCUGGUGUGUUUACUAAAGCUGAAGAGAGUUGGGAAGUCUGGUGGUAUGAGGAGCAGGAUCAUCUAAGAACAACAGGUCUUUGGGGAAAACUGGUAGAGGUAAUAUUGGAUCUCCGCUUCUUCCUUUUCCAGUAUGGGGUUGUAUACCAACUCGGAAUCCCAGCUGGAAGUAGAAGUAUUUCUGUUUACUUGCUCUCUUUGAUUUGCUUUUUUGUAAUUCUGGGGGUCCAUGCGCUUAUAUCAUAUGCCUGGGACAAGUACGCGGCAAGAGAACACAUGUACUAUCGACUCGUGCAGUUCCUCAUCAUCAUACUAGGAGCACUCGCGUUAGUUGCAUUGGUGGAGUAUCGACAGCUCAAAGUAAAAGAGAUUUGCACCAGUUUGUUGGCGUUCAUCCCCACCGGAUGGGGCCUCAUAUCGAUAGCGCAAGUUCUUCGACCGAUUCUGAAGCCCACUUGGAUCUGGGGCAGGGUUGUUUCUUUAGCUCGUCUUUAUGAUAUAAUGUUCGGAGUGAUUGUCAUGGCUCCAAUAGCUGUGUUUUCUUGGAUGCCGGGGUCUAUGCAGACACGGAUUCUAUUUAACCAAGCAUUUAGCGAAGGACUCUGGAUUUCACGGAUUGUCUCCGCAAAAAGGCCGAAGGUUCACUUAUGAUUUCGAGGAGAUUCUUUUUGCUGGACAUUUCGGGAAUACUGAUUUGGCUUGGUUAAUACUUUCUUCCCAUGUUUUUAACAAGUGAUUCAUAAGGAAUCUACUUAUCUACACUUGUGGGGAUCUUUUCCUUUUUAUGAGAUGUAACUCUAUUGAUGACCCUUUGAUAUGACAAUGAUGCUGCUUGGAAAGUUGUUUUCUUUC